AAUCUCAGUGUUUUAGUGAUACAAUCGUCCUGUAAUCCCACAUUCCGUUCUUUCGCAAGCCUGGACUUCAGAUCUGACUGAUGACUUCUGGUAGAAUUGGACGAAACUUAAACCCAUUUCUAAGAUCUUGUAUCCCUCUCUAUGGAGGCGACGCUACAUGCCCUUUCCCACCACGAUAUACGUUUUAUCUCAACAGUCACUCCUAGGUCGACUUAACAGAUGUGAAGUCUUAUUUGAGUGGUUUCAUUUUUAUCUUAAAUGUUUUGAGGUUGCAUGCGCUCAGCCGGCGAUUUGACGGGUUGUCGUUAGCAAUCGUUAUAUUAUCAUCAGCACUUCACAAGUCAAAGCUGGCAAGUAAAAACACAACAUCAUCUAAAGCUAGAGUCAUCAUGUUAGACCUAGAUGGAUCGGACUCAGGUCCGGAGAUCCUUACUCCAGAAUCAGAGACAGGGUCUCAAUCUCAACCACUCACCCUUAUCAACAAAACGCUCGAGCAUACCUUCAUAAUACCGACAUUUCUAUACGCUAACGCGAUUCGACUACGAGACAGGUUUUUGAAAGCCAUUACCAAUUCAGAAGGGCUAGGAAAUGGAAUAAGGAGUCCAUCAUCCGUUAUCGAACUUGUCGCGGAGUUUCUAGGUUUCAUUACCAAAGAAUUUGAGAGGAGCAUAGACCCUAGUUUCGAUAGGGAGGUCCUUAAUUUCGUCCUUCAAUCAUUCGAACGGGAGGUGCUGCACAACGAGGAAGUCCAUGCAUUCGUAGCGCCACUCCCGGAAGACGUUGACAAACUUAUGGUAAUACGAUCAUAUUACCUUGCUGUCGGCGCAGUGAGGCGAACCGGGGGUGUACCGGACUCGGCGCUUAUGCGCGCAGCUUUAAAAGGCACUGCUCGCAUAUAUGCUGUGUUCGGUGGUCAAGGCAACACAAAAACGUACCUUGACGAAUUGAGGGAUGUUUAUGACACCUACCCAUCUCUCACCAGACGAUUUCUCGUUCCUGCGGCUCGAUAUCUCGAACGUCUCUCGCGUGAUGCUAGAGCGUCACAGGCUUUCGCUCAUGGCCUAGACAUCAUGCGCUGGCUCGAACAGCCUGAUUCGCAGCCUGAUCUUGACUAUCUCGUUUCCGCGCCCGUGAGUUUCCCACUCAUCGGCUUGCUUCAGAUUCUUCAUUAUAUCGUCACGACCUCAUCUCUUGGGACGCACCCUGGUGGUAUGAGAAAUCGCCUGUCAGGCACAACAGGUCACUCUCAAGGGGUUAUCCUCGCAGCCAUAAUUUCGGCCUCGGCAGACUGGCAUAGCCUUGAGACACAAGGCAAAAAAGCUCUUACGAUUCUCUUUUGGAUUGGUGUUCGCAGCCAGGAGGCCUAUCCACUCCCAUCAAUUGCGCCAAGCGCUUUAACCGACUCGAUAGCACAUGGUGAGGGUGAGCCUACUGCAGCACUCUCUAUCAGGGGUAUUGGUCGGGAAGCGCUCGAAAAGCAUAUCACCAAUGUUAAUCGAGCGCUCCCGGAAGAUCGACAAAUCGUCAUAGCUUUGGUGAAUGGUGCCAAGAAUUUCGUGGUUGCCGGCCCCCCGAUGGCGUUAUACGGACUCAACGUACAGCUUCGCAAAGUGAAAGCAUCUGAGAAUGUGGAUGAGUCCCGCAUACCGUUCAGUCAAAGAAAGCUACAUAUCAACAAUAAGUUCCUUCCCAUAACCGCCCCCUUUCAUAGCCCCUAUUUGAGGUCAGCAAUCGAAGCUCUUCAGGAUGACCUCAAAGAAACGAAGAUAUCCCCUAGUGAACUUGACAUUCCUGUAUAUUCUACAUUUAGUGGAAAAGAUAUCAGGAAUGAACUACAUCAGAAAGAUGACAUCGUCCCCUCUCUAGUCAAGAUGAUCUGCGAAGAUCCUGUACACUGGGAUAGGGUCAUUGAGAUGUCUGAUGCAACACAUAUACUUGACUUUGGUCCCGGGCGUACCGCAGGUGUCGCUGGUCUUACGAGUCGCAUCAAAGACGGCACGGGAGCUCGCGUCAUCCUCGCAACUAACAUAACCAACCCGACGCAUCCCGAAAUCGGCUGUAAACACGAGAUCUUUGCGCGGAAAACCUCCGAUCUGGCGUACGGCGCAAAUUGGGCGAAGCAAUACGGACCAAAAUUGAUCAAGACAUCCAGCGACCAGAUAUUCGUAGAUACAAAGAUGAGCAGGCUGUUAGGUCUUCCGCCCAUUAUGGUUGCUGGAAUGACCCCUACCACGGUACAUUGGGACUUCGUCGUCGCAGGAAUGAAAGCCGGAUAUGAAGUCGAGUUGGCUUGCGGUGGCUACUACGAUGCAAGCAGCUUAACUGAUGCAAUUACGAAGAUCUCAAAGGAGAUACCACCCGGUCGUGGGAUUGUUCUGAAUGUCAUUUAUGCGAGCCCCAAAUCAAUUGCUUGGCAAAUCCCCUUGGUCCGUGAUCUAUGUGCCAAGGGAUUGCCUAUCAAGGGGUUAACAAUUGGCGCCGGCGUGCCCUCCCUCGACGUCGCGAAUGAAUACAUUCGUACCCUUGGUAUCAGACAGAUCGGGUUCAAACCCGGGUCUAUUCAAGUCAUCCAACAAGUCAUCAAGAUCGCCCAGGCCAAUCCCGGAUUCCCGAUAAUAAUGCAAUGGACCGGUGGUCGCGGCGGUGGACAUCACUCGUGUGAGGACUUUCACGAGCCUAUCUUAGAGAUGUAUAGUAAGAUACGUCGCUGCGCCAAUGUCGUGCUCGUAGCUGGAUCAGGCUUUGGUGGUGCAGAAGACACUUACCCCUAUUUGAGUGGGUCCUGGGCCACAAAGUUUGGCAGCCCGCCUAUGCCGUUCGAUGGAGUCCUUUUCGGGAGCCGAUGCAUGGUAGCUAAGGAGGCUCACACUUCACAAGGCGCAAAACAGGCGAUCGUCGAUGCUCAAGGCCUUAGUGACCAAGAGUGGGAGAAGACCUACCGGAAGCCUGGCGGUGGAGGUGGUGUUAUCACCGUUAAAUCCGAAAUGGGCGAGCCGAUACACAAGCUUGCUACUCGCGGCGUCAUACUCUGGGCGGAGAUGGACCAGAAGAUAUUCAGUCUCCCCAAGGAGAAACGGCUAUUGGAAUUGAAGAAGAAGACGACUCGCGAUUACAUUAUCCGAAAACUGAACGCCGACUUUCAGAAACCAUGGUUUGGCCGUACUACAUCCGGAACGCCCGUCGACCUCGAAGACAUGACCUACUCGGAGGUAGUUUCCAGGAUGAUUGAGUUCAUGUUCAUCAAACACCAGAAGAGAUGGAUCGACAAGUCUCUUGCUCGAUUGACUGGUGACUUCAUCCGUUACGUCGAACAGCGUCUCGCCACACAUACUCGUCCAAGUAGCAGCUCAUUGAUAGAAACAUACGACGAGCUAGACAAUCCGAUGCAUAUUAUCGACAAGCUCGUCGCGAUAUACCCCUUGGCAGCUACCCAAUUCAUGAACUCUCAAGACUGCUUGCACUUCUUGAGUCUCUGCAAACGUCCUGGUCAGAAACCUGUAACAUUCGUCCCAUGUCUCGAUGCAGACUUUGAAGUAUGGUUCAAGAAGGACUCAUUAUGGCAAUCCGAGGAUCUCGAUGCAGUUAUCGAUCAAGACGUUGGAAGAGUCUGUAUCCUCCACGGACCGGUCGCCGCAAAGUAUUCCACUACUACCGAGGAAUCCAUCAGGGAUAUCCUUAACCGGGUAUACGAAGGUCAUGUCACGAUGCUAAAGCAUGAUAUCUAUGGCGAUGAUUAUAGCACGGUACCCACAAUAGAGUAUUUUGGGGGUAAGACGGCGAACACUUUAGGUGCUCACGCAGUCCCAGAAGGAGUUGCCAUCUCUGAGACCAGCAAUGAGACAAGAUUAUUCAUCCCAGGAACGACGCUUCCAAACGCAGAUGAAUGGAUGCAACUACUCGCAGGCAAUCGCGCAACUUGGCGCCGCGCCUUGUUAACAACCGAUAUCGUUGUUCGGGGGCAUCACUUCGAGCCCAACCCGCUGCGUCGUCUUCUUUCGCCUUCUCGCGGGAUUAUCGUGGAGAUCGCAUAUCCAGAGGACCCAAGCAGGACUAUCAUUUCAAUCGAGGAAAACAUCGGUGGCAAGCAACUAGCAACGAUGAAGAUUGGACCUAUCUCUAAUACUAUCAUCCCCCUUUGUCUGAUCGAACACCGCACCGCCACGGGUAGAUCUGUUUCGCUUCCGCUAUUCUAUACCUAUCACCCAGAAGCCGGCUACGCACCUAUCCGCGAAUUAACAACCUUGCGCGAUGAGCGCAUCAAAGACUUCUACUACAAGCUUUGGUUCGGCAACGGUAGACCUAUCGUCCCCUUGGACGCAGCGAUAUCCCAUACCAUGCGCUGGGAUGGUGGCACUACCACGGUUUCCAGUGCCACAAUCCGCCAGUUCGCACGCGCAGUUGGUAACACCGCAGAAGCGUACAUCGAACGUCCUGGCCGAGAUCAUCUCGCACCAAUGGACUUCGCCAUCCUAGUCGGCUGGAAGGCUCUCAUGCAGCCCCUGUUUGAUGCCGUAGAUGGUGACCUUCUAAAGCUCGUUCACCUUUCGAACCGCUUCCGCAUGAUCCCUGGAGCAACUCCAUUUAUGAAAGGAGAUGUGCUGGGCGCCAAGUCCGAGAUCACUGCUAUCGUCAAUCAAGACUCGGGCCAGAUGGUUGAAGUCUGCGGCACGAUCACGCGCGACGGCGGAAAGCCUGUGAUGCAAGUCACCUCGCAGUUCUUCUAUCGUGGUAUCUUUGCGAAGUUCGAAAAAGCUUUUCAGAAGAAGGAUGAGACGCCUGUUAGGGUGCUUCUCAAGAGCCCUAAGGAUGUCGCCGUGCUGAAGGCUAAGAAUUGGUUCAAGCCUGAGGGAGCACAGGAUCUUCUACUGGGCCACAGUGUGGUCUUCAAGCUGCACACUUUAACGCGGUUUGGCGACAAGGCUACGUUUUCUUCUGUCAAAACUACUGGGUCCAUCGAGGUUGAGAUACCUACCACCAAAGAGUUAAUACAUAUCGGCGCCGUGGAAUAUAUGUCCGAUGGACCUACGCGUGGCAACCCCGUCCUCGAAUAUCUUUCUCGACAUGGUUCUAAGUUAGACCAGCCCGUGUAUCUCAAACACCCGAUCCCGAUACAGAACAAUCACACCAAAACUCCGUUGGAGAUUGAAGCGCCUGUCUCUAACGAGAAUUACGCUCGUAUAUCGGGGGACUUCAAUCCAGUUCACGUUUCGCGCGUCUUUUCCCAAUACGUCAAUUUGCCGGGCACCAUAACACAUGGCAUGUACACCAGCGGCGCCGUCAGGAGUCUCGUCGAGACAUGGGCAACGGAAAACCAUGCCCAUAGAAUGCGCGACUACAAUGUGAGAUUCACCGGUAUGGUAUUACCCGGCGAUCGCCUUGAGAUCCAGCUACACCACAUUGGUAUGAUGUCGGGCUGCAUGAUCAUCCAAAUAGAGGUCGUCAAGAGUGACGAGACUAGAGAGAAGGUCUUGGUUGGGGAAGCUAUCAUUGAGCAACCUACGUCCGCGUACAUUUUCACAGGCCAAGGUUCUCAGGAGAAGGGUAUGGGUAUGGAUUUGUACGAAAAGAGCGCGGUCGCGAGAGAUGUUUGGGAUCGCGCUGAUAGACAUUUCCUCAACACUUUCGGCUUCUCUAUUCUCGAGAUCGUCCGACAUGACCCCAAAGAGCUCACUGUCUACUUUGGUGGUGCCCGAGGCAAGGCAAUCCGAAAAAAUUACAUGGAAAUGACUUGCCAGAGCCUCGAACUGGCCUCAGACGGCAGUCCCAAGCUCGAAAAGGUCUUCAAGACCAUUACGGAAUACACUACAUCCUACACGUUCCGCUCUCCAGCUGGGCUACUCUCCGCCACGCAAUUUACACAACCAGCACUUACAUUGAUGCAAAUGGCAGUGUUCGAAGAUCUACGAGCCCAAGGAGUCAUCCAAAAAGACAGUGUUUUCGCCGGACAUUCACUCGGUGAAUAUAGCGCCCUCGCUUCUAUCGCUAAAGUAAUGCCCGUAGAGACGCUUGUGUCGGUCGUGUUCUACCGUGGCCUAUGCAUGCAAGUUGCCGUAGAGCGGGACGAUGCCGGACGGUCUAAUUAUUCCAUGUCCGCGGUCGAUCCAUCACGGAUUAGCCCUCGGUUCAGCGAAAAAGCACUAAAACGUAUCGUUAAGAUGAUUUCGGACGUCACCGGUUCGUUUUUGGAGAUCGUUAAUUAUAACGUUCGCAAUAUGCAAUACGUCUGCGCAGGAGACCUACGUGGACUCGAUGUGUUAGGCGGCGUCUUAGACCGCAUCAAGGCGCGCGAUGUAGACGUACGACACCUCGAAUCAGAGGAAACUCAUAAGUUGCUGGUUAGCGUGAUCGAGGAAGCGAGCCGUCAAUCCCGAGAUAAGCCCUCACCUCUUGAGCUAUCGCGCGGCAAGGCUACAGUGCCGCUCCGGGGUAUCGAUGUCCCGUUCCAUAGCUCGUAUCUACGUCCUGGGGUACAGUCCUUCCGCUCGUUCCUACUUAAGAACCUUAAGGAGCAGAGCAUCGACCCGGAGCAACUUGUCGGGAGAUACAUUCCUAACCUUACGGCCAGGCCGUUCGAGCUCACGAGGGAUUAUUUCGAGUACGUACACGAGAUGACACAGUCCCCUCGCAUCGGUAAGGUUCUAGAAGGCUGGAUCUAGUAGGUGGUGUCGCAGCAGAUUACAAAGAUGGUAUAUACUUCGGAGGCUGGCGUUAUGGUGUGCGUCUGCUCGGUUCUUAUAGAAUGUCUCUCGUACCUCUCGAAUCUCCGGGCUCCUAUCCUCG